AUGCACAACGAGCUACCAAAAAUCCACAUCAAGGUGUUUUCUGGUGACUACAAAGAGUGGCCAGCGCUUAAAAACAUCUUCGAGAGUACGAUCCACAGCAAACAGCAUUUAACAGCAAUACAAAAGUUCCUUUACUUAAAAACGUACAUUACUGGGGAAGCAGCGGACUUGAUUCGUCAUAUGCCAAUAACGGAUGCUGCUUAUGAGGCUGCUUGGAGUUGCCUAACUGAGCGAUACAACAGACCACGUCACAUUGUCAACACUCUACUGGAAACGUUUGUGAAUCUCCUUUCGACAUCCAGGGCAGAUGUUGCAGUUCUGCGCAAGGUUACCGACGGAGCCACGGAGAUUGUACGAGGAUUGGAUGCAGCAGGGCAAACUAACAGGGACUGCUGGAUCAUACACUUCAUUCUGGCCAAAAUCGACGCUGAAACUCGACGCAAAUGGAUUGAGGGAAGCCGGGAACUUGAAUCUCCGUCUGUGGAUGAUUUACUCAAGUUUGGCGCACCACAACUGAGCAAAGCAAAGCGUUCGUCCCAUGCCUUAGUAUCGAUGGAAGAUAAUGCUUGUGUGAAAUGUAACUCUAAGGAGCACAAGAUCUACGGUUGCCCAUUAGCAUUAAUCGACCAGAGACGCACAUUUGUAAAGACAAAAUCCUUGUGUUUCAACUGUCUUAAGCUUGGGCAUAUAUCACGCAAGUGUGAAUCCAAAUUCACAUGCAAGAUUUGCCAUAAUCGCCAUCACUCGCUGCUACAUGCAGAUAUUCCUGGAUCGCCAGCCGCUGUGACCACGACACAGCCACAUACUGAUGAAAGGCACGUCUCAAGCGCUCCCGAAGAUGCUACGGUGACCAUCAGCCAUAUUACUCGCGCGCAAGCGGGUCCCACAGCUGAGUCCUUGUGCAACGGAUCAACAACGGCUACACAGCCCCAAGGGCUAAGGAAAAGUGCAUUGCCAACAGCUCUGGUAUUUGAAAAAACCGCAAAGGGAUCGCACAUUACAUGUCGGGUACUUUUGGAUAGUGGUUCGGAACUGUCGUACAUCUCAGAGAGGUGCGUACAGGCACUUGGUCUGGCACGCUCGCCCUCACGCAUUGUAGUGUCUGGAAUUUCAUUGAUCAAGGCGGAGAUAACUAGAGGCUGCAGCACACUGGACAUGCAGUCAAGAAUCUCAGAUCACACAAUGAAGGUACACGCACACGUACUCAGCAAAAUUACUCCCACGUUAGCAAGACACGAUAUCGAGGCCUCAGCACUCAAGGCAUUUGCUGGCUUUGAGCUUGCGGAUUCUGAUUAUUAA